AUUCUCAACCCUGAAUGAUCGAUUGGAUCGAUCGCGCUUCCAUACGUCUUUCCUUUAUUUCCUUGAACUCUCUGCGGAUCAUUGGUAAGCUCUUUACUCGGGCCAAAUCUUGUUUGAUGCCCAAACGAACCGAUGCCAGUUCGUGAUGCCCGUGCGAUGAGCAAUAAUAAACGCCCCAUCCCUUGGAACUUUGUCGGACAAUUAAUUUUGUGGGCACCAUGUGUAUACAAUGGCACUUACUCGCAUCUUGCUCUUACUUUGGUUCGCAUCAGUAGUACAAAGCCAAUCUCUGUCACCAUGUGCACUUGCUUGUAUUCAACAAACUGUGCCAGCAGCAGGAUGUGCUCUCGGCAACAUCACUUGCCAAUGUACUUCCAAAUCUCUUCCACAGCUGUCUGCGGCAUGCAUGCUUGCGAAUUGUUCAAUGGCAGAUACUCUAGGACUUUCAAAGCUUGAAGCCCAAACUUGUAACCUGCCAUUCCAAAACAGGUCCAAUCUCGUCAUUAUAACUUUCAUCGUCGCUAUGGUCGUGACUGGAACUGCUGUGUUACUACGCCUCGCAUCGAAGAUAUUGGACAACAAGAUUGCUCUUGAAGACUGGAUAAUCAUUGUUGCGCUUAUGCUCGCCAUUUCUGCGAACAGUCUAGCUAUCAUAUGUAUGAACCACCUCUUUUGCGACUUUCAGAGGCUAACUUUAUCAGUUGCAUAUGAAGGGUUUGGAAAGCACGGGUACAGUCUGCAAAAUGGGGAUCUCCUCGCAAUUUUAGAGCAUUUCCCAGUCUACAUUGCAGAAAAUAUCUACGUCGUUGCACUUAGCAUCACUAAAUUAUCAAUCCUGGCAUUGUAUCUUCGAGUAUUUCAACACCAACACAGGUUCAAGAUCGCCGUUUACGCACUAAUCUUCGUCAUAAUACUCAGCACGACCAUCCUCUCUGCCCUUACGAUUUUUCAGUGCCAUCCCAUCUCAUACUUCUGGGAUAAGGACAUCCACAAUGGGGCUUGUCUCGACGUCAAUGCACUGGCGUAUGCAAACAGCGGCUCGAGUAUAGCUCAAGACUUUAUGAUCAUUGCCUUGCCGAUUCCUGUUAUUUCGAAACUGAAUAUGGAAACGAGGAGGAAAGUUGCAGUGGGAUUCAUGUUCGCUGUUGGCGGCUUUGGCUGUAUCAUCUCCAUAGUCCGACUUCAAUCCCUUCUCGUAUUCGGGAACUCAAUCGAUCCCACUUGGGAUUAUGUUCCGGUCACGAUCUGGACCGCGCUUGAGCUCGGCAGUGCCAUGAUUUGUUCUUGUAUGCCAGCAUUACGGACCCUGUUCCACAGAAUUUUUCCUCGAAUACGAUUUUCAUCAUCAUCCUCGAGAAGUAGUGCCUCUGCGAGUACUCUAACCUCUGUCUGGCAAUCUCGCAGAGUUAUGAAGCAGGAUGAUGGUUUCAUGGAGUUACCUAAUAUCGAGACGGGAACGUUGAAUAUCAAAUGGGGUGACAGGGAGCAGCAUGUCGAGGAUUCAGCCAACGAUGUUCGGAUUGCCUUGAACAAUUUUCAGAACGGCGCAAGUCCCCCUGAUCCCAAGAGGAUAACAGACUCUUGA